GUGAAAGCUUAUUUAUUCCGGCGAAUGUCUUCUUCUUGUUCAUUACGCCCAUUUGCCACGAGUCAUUUCUCUUUUGUGGCUAUAAAUAUGGCCAAUUUAGCACACAUAUACACACUACUCUAUUUCUACAGAGCAAAGAUGGAUAAUAAUGGUGGUGGUUUUCAUGGUUACCACACAUUCCCUUCUACACCUGCUACAGAGAUGAGGAUGGGAGUGCCUGUGCCUGUUCAUCUUAACCAAGAUUCUGAAUGCACUAUUCGGGAGCAAGACCGAUUCAUGCCAAUAGCAAAUGUGAUCAGAAUCAUGCGUCGGAUCCUUCCUCCCCAUGCUAAGAUAUCUGAUGACUCUAAACAGACCAUCCAAGAAUGUGUAUCUGAGUUCAUAAGCUUUGUAACUGGUGAAGCCAAUGAGCGUUGCCAAUGUGAGCAGCGCAAGACCAUCACUGCUGAAGAUGUGCUUUGGGCAAUGAGCAGGCUUGGUUUUGAUGAUUACAUUGAACCCUUGACUUUCUACUUGCAUCGUUAUCGUGAGAUCGAUGGUGGUGAGCAUGGAACCUUGACAGAGGAGGAGUCUUUGAUGUUGAAGCUUGACCCAUCUUAUGCAGGUUACUUUGUGUAUCCACUGCCAAUGGCCAACACUACUUAUAUUUCUCAGUGUGCUGUGGAAAGUGAUGACUCUCUCUUUCUCUGCUGAAGGAAUUGAGUGAGCUGUUGUUGAAAUUUGAGUAUGACUUGUUUAUAUUUUGAUGCAAAAUCCUUAAAACCAAUCUACAUCUUUGGGCCUUGUUCAAUUUUCUGUAAUGGAUUACACAGUGCAGGAAGAACACUUAGCUAGGA